AGGGGCGUGGCUCAGAUUUCCAACGUGCUAGUGACACCGCUCUUGAGUGCAAGCUUGUUUUUAUACAGUCUAUGGUGUAAACGAGUGAAAUCGUAACGAUGUCUCUUUACCGAAACACAGUUUGGUUACUGAAGGGUCUACAGGAAUAUACGAAGGGCGGUUAUGAGGCAGCGGCGAGGAGCUUCAGCGAGGCGGAUCUGGAGGUGAAUGUGAGCGGCCGCUCGUUCAUCAUCACCGGAGCGAACAGCGGCAUCGGUAGAGCCGCCGCCUGCGAAAUCGCCAAAAGAGGUGGGACAGUACAUCUGGUGUGCAGAAAUGAAGAUCGUGCAAAGGAGGCAAGAAAAGACGUUGUGGAGCAAAGUAAAAAUGAGAAUGUCCAUGUUCACUUAGUUGACAUGUCCAACCCCAGGAAAGUGUGGGAGUUUGCUAGUGGAUUCUCUCAGAAUCACAAUCUACAUGUUCUGAUCAAUAAUGCAGGUUGCAUGGUCAAUCAGAGAGAACUGACUGAGGAUGACCUGGAGAAAAACUUUGCGACAAACACACUAGGGACAUAUAUACUGACAACAGCACUGAUUCCUACACUGAAGAAGUCAGAGAAUCCCAGAGUGAUCACUGUAUCAUCUGGUGGGAUGCUGGUUCAGAAGUUAAAUGUAGAGGACCUUCAGUUCGAGAAAGGCUCUUUUGACGGCACCAUGGCCUAUGCACAGAACAAGAGGCAACAGGUGAUCAUGACAGAGCAAUGGGCAGCUCAACACAAAGAAGUCCACUUCUCAUCCAUGCACCCAGGCUGGGCAGACACCCCAGCGGUGCGGUCAUCCAUGCCAGAUUUUUAUGCGAAAAUGAAGAAUAAACUCCGUACUGAAGCUCAAGGUGCCGACACAGUGGUGUGGCUGGCCAUAUCAGAUACUGCCAGCAGACAGCCCAGCGGCCUCUUCUUCCAAGACAGAAAAGCGGUUUCUACGCAUCUGCCACUGGCCUCCUCCAGGACUUCUCCAGCUGAAGACCAGAAGCUGAUGAGUGAGUUGGAGGAGCUCGCUGUGAAAUUCAAGAGUUAAUCGGUUGGGUUAGUGGCCAAAUCCAAAGAAGCCAUCAUUCCACACAGAGACUAUGCUAUUCAUUCUUAACAACGGUGAGAAUUGCAGAGACGUGAAAAGCUCAUGAAUACUAUAACAAAAAGACUACCCAAAACAACCUGAAAUGUUUAAAAUAUUUAAAACCUAUUGUCUAUUCUUCGAACAAAUACACUCCUAAGGAUUUUUUUUAUUAUACUAGACAACUUUUGCAAUAUGGAAAUAGCAGAUUAUUUUAUUCAUAAAUCUAAAACUACUAUUCCAAAAAAAAAAGCCAUCAAGACUCAAUAGUUGUCUAAGAACAUGCUAUACAGCACUACCUACAACUUGUAUUCAAAUUAAACAAAUAAAUGUGAAAAUAGCUACUAAAAAUAAAAGACUACUACUAAAAAAUAACUCUUUUCAUUUUUGUCAAUUC